GUGACUCAGCUUUUGAGCAAAACCACUGGACACACCAGAAGCAUACCAAGUCUAUCUAGCUAAAUCCAAAAAACCAACAACCAUGAGCCACUACUCCUACCGCACCUCUCACCACCGCAGUUAUGGUACUCCUUCAGUGUCCAGUCGCAUCGGGGGCCGCUAUACAUCCUCCAUCCCGUCCCGUCCUGUGGACUUCAGGAGCCGCUCCAGCGCUCCGGCUCCACGUCUCUCCUAUGACAAAGUGGACUUUUCACUAGCCGAGGCCGUAAAUCAGGAGUUCCUCGCCACACGCAGCAAUGAGAAACGAGAACUGCAGGAGCUCAACGACCGCUUCGCCAGCUUCAUCGAGAAGGUCCGGUAUUUGGAGCAGCAGAACUCCAGGUUGACCCAGGAGUUGGGUCAGUUUAAGGAGCAGCAGCAGGGGCCGUCAGGCCGCCUAGGAGAUCUGUGCCAGCAGGAGAUGAGGGAGCUGCGCAGACAGCUGGAGCUCAUGGGGAAAGACAGAGACCAGAUGCAGGUGGAGAGGGAUAAUCUGGCUGAAGAUGUGGCCCUGCUCAAGCAGAGGUUAAAUGAGGAGAUGCAGAAAAGAGAGGAAGCUGAAAAUAAUCUGACUCUCUUUCGUAAGGAUGUGGAUGAUGCUACUCUUGCUCGCCUGGAGCUGGAGAGGAAGAUUGAGUCUCUGAUGGAUGAGAUUGAGUUCCUCAAGAAGAUGCAUGAUGAGGAGAUCCAGGAUGUCCAGGUGAGUGUUCAGAGUCAGCAGAUGAAGAUGGAGGUGAUGGAGACGUCCAGCCGCCCCGAUCUGACCGCAGCACUUCGGGACAUCAGAUCUCAGUACGAGAGCAUCGCCUCCAAAAACAUGCAGGAGUCCGAGGAGUGGUACAAGUCCAAGUUUGCUGACUUGACAGAUUCAGCCAAGCGCAAUGCUGAGGCCAUGAGGCAGUCGAAACAAGACAACAAUGACCUGAGGAGGCAAAUUCAAGCCCAGAACUGUGAUAUUGAGGCUCUUAAGAGUACUAAUGAGGCUCUGCUGCGUCAGAUGAGGGAAAUGGAGGAGCAGUUUACUCUGGAGGCUGGAAACUAUCAAGAUGCUGUGGGGCGCCUAGAAGAGGAGAUUCGACACCUGAAGGAGGAGAUGUCCCGACACCUGCGGGAAUACCAGGACCUGCUCAACGUCAAGAUGGCCCUGGACAUUGAGAUCGCCACCUAUAGGAAACUUCUGGAGGGAGAGGAGAGCAGAAUUGCGGUUCCUAUCAUGAAAAUGCCUUCAAUGAGUGGACACAGUGGAGAUUACGGCCAGUUUUCUGACCCUGCACCUGGAAAGAAAGUGGUCAUCAAGACUGUUGAGAUUCGUGAUGGAGAGGUGGUGAAAGAAUCCACAAAGGAAAAGGCCAGAGAUGAGAAGAAAGAUUGAUGUGGUGGGAAUCCGACACAAGAGCCUGCAGAUGAAGAAGCGCUUCAGUUAUUGUGCUGCAAAUGUAAAGGUGCUGUACGUGUAAAAUUAAGGCAGACGCACAUGCUGUUUACAGUGUUGCUCUUAGCGUAGAGAAUAAUCAGUGAAAUGUUUGACUCAGUAUUGUGUAUGAUGGUGCUAAACCCAUUUACAUUUCAAAUCUGGAUUAUUAGCCCUCCUGUAUAUUUUCCCCCCAGUUUCUCAUUUCUAAUAACUGAUUUAUUUUAUCUUUGUCAUGAUGACAGCACAUCAUAUUUGACUAGAUAUUUUUCAAGAUAGUAGUAUUCAGCUUAAAUUAAAGGCUUAACUAGGUUAAUUAGGAAAGUCAUUGUAUAACUGGUUUGUACUGGAGACAAUCUAAAACUAAUAUUGCUAAUAAUAUUGGGCUUAAAACAAUUAAAAACUGCUUUUAUUCUAGCUGAAAUACAACAAAUCAGACUUUCUCCAGAAGACAAAAUAUUAUAGGAAAUACUGUGAGAAACUCCUGAAUCUGUUAAACAUCAUUUGGGAAAUACUUGAAAAAGAAAAUUCCCAGGAGGGCGAAUAAUCCUGACGUCAGCUGUAUACGAGCAUAAAAUGUCAAUCCCUUAACAAAUGAAUCAUGUAUGAAUAAAAUCACUAACAAAUAAACACCAUUAUCAGUA